AUGACAUGGUGCUGUGAACUGUACUGUACACGAUUCUCCAUAGCUGAUCUUCUUCUCGGUGCAGAACUUCGGACGAUGGAUGAAAUGUACGGACUUCACUCUACGGCAGGGUACACGGCGGCGCAGCCGCCUUCGCCGGAGUAUGAGGCUUUUGAGUCGAGCAGUGUUCCGAUAUUUGGAUCGGAGCAUAUGUUGUCGGCUAAUUCGGCUGUUUCAGAUACUGCUUCUAUGCAGAGAAGUGUCGGAGGAUUAGAGGAAGAGAGUAAUACCGAAGCAAAGCGAGCAAAAAUCGCUUCUCAUCCUCUCUAUCCUAAGUUGCUUUCAGCUUACAUCGAUUGCCAGAAGGUACAAACCUUUUAUGCAGACUUGUUGCUAGCUGAAGGACUUCUCUCUCUCUCUCUCUUCUUGACUGUCUUUUUCAGCAUAGAUAAGGCUAUGGGGUGUAUCAGUUACAGUUGGAUCUGUGAUGAAGCACAGUAA